CGAUGCCCUGCAUUCGCUCUCAAAUUUUCACUCAACGAAUUCCUCGUUAUGAUCGCAUUUCACAUGAAAAACACUUUCAUUCCUGUCACGGCAACGUACGUCAACGCAGCUGCUGGAUGCUGGACUUCUUUACCGUAACGUGCCUUCGUACUCCGUUCAGAGAUAAUCGCGAUUCUUCGGAAAAUUCCGAGAUGUUCUCCCGGCGAGUCUACUCUCGAAACGAAUCACUCGUGUGAUUCAAAGUCCGAUUUCAACGAGCUAAUUAAAGCUCGCGCGAGGAUUCAUCCGUCAAAAGCUUGAUGCACGCUUUCGUGCACGAGUGAGUUUAGGUUAGUACACGAGUUUGACAUAACGGUACCGUCUCUGAGGAUCCUAUUCGGCGAUAGUUCUGCGCAUUCCGCGGCAAUCUCACCUCAAGUUUCGCAACGUUUGUUCUUCUUCAGGAUUGUGCGGCGUUUUAUCCUUGCAGUUUUUAUCCGUUGUCUUAUCAUUGAUACUUUAAUCGUUUUUGAUUUGUGUAUUCUCUCCUUCGUCAUUUUGCUCGUUUUCAUUCUUGACAAACGUGUGUGAUUAUUGGUUAUAUAUAUUAAAAUUUAUAAUACACAAUUGAGCCAUUCACUGCGAUGCAAAUGUAUUCUUACAUGUACACAGAACAACACGUGACAAUUGACAAUACGUCCACGCGAUAAAAAAUGAUGCAGAAAUCGAAUAAUUUUCUGCUCUUCCGGAAAUGACAUGUAUAUAAGGCAUUCCCCGGAAAUAAUAGAUACAUAAUGAGAUGUCACGAGAUGUUGACCGCAACGUUUUCUCGCGCGAGACACGUUUUUUAUCAAAAGAUAAUUGAUUAUGAAUCAAUAAAAGCAAAAAAUUAAUAAUUGAUUAUAAAUUAAUAAAAAUAAAAGUUUAAUAUAUAUGUAUAUCAAUUUAUAUUUCUAUUGUCUACUUGUUCUUUUUGUUAUUUUUCAGUUACUCUAUUGAUUGUGAGAGAAACUUGCAGAAAGAUUUAAGAUUCUCAAUAUUUUGUUAUUGCACACAAUGUUGAUAAUUAUCUUUUAAACAGCAAAAAAACGGAGGGAAGAGAUUAGAUUUUAUAUUAUAUUAUUGAUAUAAAUAUGGAUAUUGAUAAAAUAUCAUGUCCAAUAUGUGGCAAGGAAUUUGCUUCCUCUAUUAUCGAAUCUCAUGCUAACAAGUGCUUAUUCUUUAAUGAAUCUGUGAAAGAUGAAACCACGAUUUUGCUUAAAGACUCAAGUCCUAUAAACAAAAAAAGCAAGUUAAAACCAACAAAUGUAAAAAAAGCGAAUCAAGUGGCUGUAAAGAGAAAAAGUUCUUUGGAUCAGUUUUCCUCCCAAAAUUUCCAAAAGGAGGAAGAAGAUGUUAAGGAUGACAUGCUACAAAAAAGCGUAAGCAAUGAAUGCAAGAAAUUGCGUGGAAAUGAUCGUAUACCUCUUGCAGAACAGAUGAGACCUACAUCAUUAUUAAAUUUUGUUGGCCAGACACAUAUCCUUGGACCAUGCACUAUGCUAUCAGAGCUCUUGCAAAAAAAGGAGAUACCCAAUAUGAUUCUCUGGGGUCCACCUGGAUGUGGCAAGACAUCCUUGGCUAAUGUUAUCGCGCACAUGUGUAAGAACGAUGCAAGUCGUAAACUCCGAUACGUUAAGCUCUCUGCGGCCAUGGCUGGUGUCCAGGAGGUAAAAGAAGUUAUUAGUGUGGCCGCGAAUCAUACCAAAUUUGCGCAGCGAACGAUAGUGUUCAUGGACGAGAUACAUAGGUUCAAUAAGACACAGCAGGACGUUUUCUUACCACAUGUCGAGUCAGGAACCAUCACUCUCAUUGGUGCUACGACAGAAAAUCCCUCAUUCAGUCUGAACUCUGCAUUAUUAAGCAGAUGCAGAGUGAUUGUUUUACACAAAUUAUCCAUUGCAAACUUGGUAUCGAUUUUAAAACGUGCUGUAAUUUCACUGGAAGGUAUAAUACACAUGUCAGAUAAAAGCACGUUGCAAAGUGAAGAAAGUACUUCGAAAGAAGACAAGGUCGAAAUGGAGUCGUCCUAUAAUACAAAGUUUAUUAUAGACGAACCAACAAUAGAGUGGUUGGCUGAAACUUGUGAUGGUGAUGCUCGAAUAGCUUUAGGAGGGCUAGAAAUGGCUGUGCGAUCUAAAGCACCGAAUGAAGAGGAACUACUGGACAUCGGACCGGCCAUAAUAACGCUGAACGAUGUCGAGGAGAGUCUGAAAAAAACGCACAUGUUAUACGAUAAAAAGGGUGAUCAACAUUACGACACGAUUUCCGCGUUACACAAGUCAGUUAGAGGCAGUGACGAAAAUGCUUCCCUUUAUUGGUUGACUAGAAUGAUCUCUGGCGGUGAAGAUCCGGUUUAUAUCGCACGAAGAUUAGUGAGGAUGGCUAGUGAAGAUAUCGGCUUAGCUGAUCCAAAAGCUCUCGGGAUAGCGAUGCACACAAUGCACGGUUGCAAAAUGAUCGGGAUGCCGGAAUGCGAUGUUCUUUUGGCGCAAUGUACAAUAUAUUUAGCGAGAGCUCCAAAGUCCAGACUGAUGGAAGACGCGCUUAGAGCUGCACAAAAAGUUGUAGCCGAGCAUAAAGGCCCGCAACCAGGAGUGCCCUUACAUCUAAGAAAUGCUCCUACAAGACUCAUGAAAGAUUUAGGGUAUAGUAAGGGAUAUAAUAUGAGGCACAAAGAUGAGUCUGGAUUGAGUUAUCUGCCAGAGGGAUUGGAAGAUUUAGAUUUCUUUGGUGAUGAUGAGGACGAUACAAUGUAAAAAUACGAUGAUAAUUGCUUUAUCUUUAAGAUACAUUUCGUUAUGUAUAUAUAUAACAUGUUUUACAUCAAUGAGAAAAAAAAGAUAUAAUUCAUAUUGUAUUAAUUACAAAUUUCUCAAAUAUAAGAAUUUCAGAUCUCUCAGGGAUUAAAGUAUCAUAAAAAUUAAUAUAGAAAUUAUGGAAAUUUUGUACAAUGUGUAUUGUAAUUAAAUAUAGAUAUAGCAACUUUAGAUAAGAAUAUAUAGCAAUGUUUAAAUAAAGCAUCUUAUUCACACAACU